AUGUGGCGGUCCAUCGAGCAGUGCCACGGGGAUGUCAUGGGCCGCUUCGACCGGGAUCUGGGCAUAUACGUGGGUUCCCCCUGCCUGGUGGACGGGGAUUGCUUCACCCAGUGCCGCAAGCCUGUGCUGGAGAGCCUGCAGGUGAAGGUGGCUCUGAACGAGGGCUCCAGAAUCAAGACGCUGAUCUUGGGCCGGUGCACGGUUCCCUCAGAAAGCCGCCAUCUCUACAUCGUGAGGCGCUCGAGUUGUUUGAAAACACCACCAAACGGGCCUUUGAACUUCGAACGCCUGCUUCAUUUUGCACAUCUCAUAACCCAUGGGCUGAUUGGGGUAUGCGCCCAACUAUGCCAACCCGAGAAGUGGUUGUCCCCUUUUUGGCCUCCUUUUAGUUCGCAACCUGAAAAAGGGGGCCAUGAAGAAAACACCCAUUCAGCUCCCGAGGUGCCUGGCUAG